AUGGAUGCAAAUGGUGACUUUUUGGCGCUUGGUUUUCCGAUCCUUGAACACAUCAUAAAGGCUUAUUUUAGGGCAUUUUCCAAUUGCUCGACCUGCUUGGCCACCCCAUCGGGGGUGGAUGAGAGAGCUGGUUGGCUAAUCCACCGCGGCCCGACGUCCAACGGGCACACCGUCCCUGCAGCGAGGCUUAACCUCUCCGAGGCGACCGACCUAGACCCGGCGGAGGAACGCCCCGGUCCCACCCGCCCCCGCUGUGGUAAACCACCUAAGUCUUCGUGUGUUCCAUGGACGCUGGCUCUGGGGUGCACAGGGAUUGUAUCAUUAACACCGGAACUUAUGCCAUGUGCGCCUGUGGCGGAGUACUAA